AUGGAUAGCUGGAACUCCACUCAUGAGCCUGACUUCAUUCUGCUGGGGCUGGCGGACUCUGCAGAGACACAGCUGGGCCUCUUCCUGCUCUUCCUCCUCAUCUACCUGGUCACGGUGCUGGGGAACGCAGGGAUGAUCCUGCUCAUUCGCCUGGACCCCCACCUGCACACGCCCAUGUACUUUUUCCUCACUCACCUGUCUGUCCUCGACCUCAGCUACUCCAGUGUCAUCACCCCAAAAGCCUUACAGAACUUAGUGUCUUCCACCAAGAUCAUCUCAUACCUGGGCUGCUUGAUUCAGCUAUAUUUUUUUAUAUUGUUUGCUGCUGCCGAAUGCUUUCUCCUCUCCUCCAUGGCCUAUGACCGUUAUGUAGCUAUCUGCAAACCUCUACACUAUUCAGUUCUUAUGUCCUCGAGACUGUGCCAUAUUUUGCUUGCUGGUUCUUACAUCCCUGGUCUUGUGGAUUCCACAGUGAAUGUGAUUUUCAUAAGCAGGCUGCAUUUCUGCAAAUCUAAUGUCAUCCGUCACUUUUUCUGUGAUAUCUCCCCAAUUUUAGCCUUAUCGUGCACUGAUACUUCUGAUAAUGAACUCGUUAUAUUAACUUGUGCUGCAUUCAACUCACUGUCUCUAGUCAUCAUAUCUGCAUCCUAUGUGUCCAUCUUCUACACUAUUCUGAAAAUUAAUUCCACUGCAGGCAAGAGAAAAGCCUUCUCCACCUGUGCCUCCCACCUGCUGGGCGUCACCAUCUUUUACAGCACUCUCAUCUUUAUUUACCUCAAGCCAAAGCAGUCCUACUCCCUGGGUAAAGAUCAGGUGGCCUCUGUGUUUUACACCAUUGUGGUCCCCAUGCUGAAUCCCCUCAUCUACAGCCUCAGGAACAGAGAGGUGAAGAGCGCUGUCCUUAGAAUCUGCAGAAAAGUGAUGCCACUGGGCAAUUAA